UGAUGAUCAGCAUGUGUUGUUGAUUCAAUUGGAACUUAAUUGUUGUUUUUCAUUCUCGUGUUUGUUAAUUGAUUAAAGUGUUUGGUUUUAAUUUCUUUGGAUUAUGGCUACUUUUAAAGGGACAAGUGAUGUUUCAUUGCCCAAGAUUAAAGAGUAUCUUUCAGAGGAAGCUUUAUAUUGGCAACAUGUCUUAGAACCUCCUAAGGUUGUCAAAGAAAAGGGAAUCAUUGAUAAAUUGGAUUUAAAUACAACCAACAAUGAAUUAUUGGUAACUGCUAGGGAUGGAAUUUCUAUCUACAAUGUUAAUAGUAUGGAAUCAAAGAGAUAUUAUCAAAGUGUUUCUUCUAAAAAAAUGGAUACUCUUCAUUGGGCUUCUUAUCGUAAAGGAGAUUGUAAACUUUUCACCUCAUCAACUGAUUCGGGAAAAGUUAAUAUAUUUGAUAUUGAUAAUAGUAAACCUAUCAGAAUGUUAGGAUUUAAUUCAUCUGAUGGUCAUACCAAUUCUGUUCGUAUAUCUGAGUUUAUCAAUUAUAAUCAAGUGGUCAGUUUUUCUGAUGAUAAACAUAUCAAAAUAUGGGAUAUUACUGAUGGAUCAUUGGUCCAGGAAAUUGGUUUAGAUACAACUCGAAACAUUACACCUCAUCAAGAUUACAUCCGUGCAGGUUGUAUAUUCGACCAGGGGUCACUUUUGAUAGCCUCUGGUUCCUACGAUCAUACAGUCAAAUUAUGGGAUUUAAGGGAAAACUCUCAUAUACCAACUAAUUCAUUCAACCUGAGUAAUCCAGUGGAAUCUGUUAUCACCCGAGGAACUUUCUUAAUUGCUUCAGCUUCAAAAUCAGUCAAGAUUAUCGAUUUAGUUGCUGGUAAAGUGAUAAAAACUUUUCCCACUUUACAUAGUAAAACAAUCACAACUUUAUGUAGUUACAAUGAUUUCUGGUUUACUGGUUCAUUGGAUGGAAUUGUUAAAAUUUUCGAUACCCACUUUUCAUUUGUAACAUCGUUAAGUUUUGUACCCUCCCAAUUGUUAAGUAUCGCUGUCAAUUCCAAAGCUUUUAACGUUGGUGCAACUGAUGGUACUCUUAUUUCGAGGCGUUUCAAGUCCAAAGAAACCGAGGAAAAGGUUAAAGAGGUUCUUAAUGCUCAUAUCGUAAAGAGGCAACAACAACAGCGAUAUUUUCAAUGGCGUCAACCAGAUGACGAUGAUGACGACGCGUUUAAUAAUCAAUUUCCUACAAUGGACGAUGACACUGUGGUGAUUAAAGAAGUUGAAAGAAAAAAGCUUAAUUUAGCCUCGUAUGAUAGAAAGUUAAAAAAAUUUAAUCACACAAAAGCCUUAGACUUGUCACUUGUCCGUUGUGUCAAAAAACCAGGAUUAGUUGUCAGCAUGAUGCAAGAAUUAAAUAGACGAGGAACCCUGAGAGCCGCUCUAUCAGGUCGAGAUGAACAAGGUUUCCGUUGUGUUGCUAAUUUCCUGAUUAAACAUAUUCGUGACCCUCGAUUUAACCGUAUUCUUGUCGAUGUGGCAAUCAUAUUCUGUGACAUUUAUCGUUCAUCCGUUCAAUUUUCACCAAUCCAAUCAGAACUUUUCAAACGAUUAAAAGUCGAAGUCGAAGCCGAAGAAGCUUGUUUAAAGCUAAUGAUGAGUUUAUCAGGCCAAAUAGAUAUGUUGCUUAACAAUUCAUUGUCAAAUUGAUCGAAGAGCUAAAUUAAUAAACUAUUUUUCAUAAUUUAA